AUGGACAAACACAACAAAAAAGGGCCCUGGACCCAAGCGGAGGACCAAGCGCUAUUGGCUCUCGUGCAAGAAAUGGGACCGCAAAAUUGGGUUCGAAUCGCAGCUGCACUUCAGUUCCGAUCGCCCAAGCAAUGUCGAGAACGUUAUCAUCAAAAUCUUAAGCCUACGCUCAAUAAACGCCCUAUUUCAGACGACGAAGGUGCGGUUAUAGAGGAUCUGGUCAACAGAUUGGGCAAAAAGUGGGCUGAAAUUGCUCGUUUGCUGAAUAAUGGUCGCAGUGAUAAUGCUAUAAAGAAUUGGUGGAAUGGGGGGGCUAACAAGCGGAGACGCGGGCUGUCUCUACUGGAUGCGCCUCCUGGGGCGGAGGGCCCUCCGCCUGCAAUCGUCACUCACUGUACUAUUCCAUCUUCGUCGUCGUCAUCGUCAUCAGCAUCUUCUUCAGUCCCAGCCAUAGCUCCCUUGGUGAGAUCCACCGAAUCUGCCACAGUCAAUGGCCACCUCAUGGCGUCCGCAACACCCACCGAUCUAGCGCCCUCCUCAUUGCCUGUCCAAAGUACCUACAUCCAGGGCCCCAUAUACCAUUCGAGUGCAUCCUCGACACUCUCUCCCACACGCCAAUCAAGCGCCUGUGGCCCACACCCACCUCUUCUUCCCCCAAUGACAUUAAUUCCCCAGCAUAUACCUUAUGCAGAACCUACUCAACAUCUUCUGCAUCAAUCUACGAAUCCAAAUCAUGCUUCUUACUAUGGACCGACGUCUUCAUUUUGGAGUCGGCCUCAAUCUCAAAUUUCCUCUAAUUUGCCCCGAGCACCGCCUCAACCACCACUUAUAAGCACUAACCCUCAAGCGCACCAUCACUCAUCGCAUUCCAAAAGCCAAUCAGAACUUCCAUCUUUGAGCACUUCGUUGUUUUUGGGCGCACGAAGGACGUCAGAUUCCCAAGCAGAUCAUACCGUCAUUACCCAACACUUCAAUCAUCCCACAGGGCCUUCGAGACGCUCUUCUGUGGCGUUCCUAGAUAGUGCAGGCAUUAGUAAACGUCAAAACCACGGGACAGCAGUCUCACCAAUAUCCUUCAGCCGACGAUUGAGUGCGGCUUCCAUAGCUCCUUCCGCAAGUAACAGUUCUAGUGCCAGCAGUGUACUGUCAUUCAAUCCAUCUGCUACCUUGGGGCCUAUACUUCCUGCGCCGGCCAUGCUUGCCUCGGGGAUGUCAAGCUCGCACCCCGGUUCCUUACCAACAUCUGCAUCCGGCCCGAUAGAUGCAUACAGUCCUACAAGCUCUUCAGAAUCUAAGUUAGGCAUUCUGCCGGCUAAAUUUACGACGGCAACGGCUACGAAACAGCCAUCGCAAUCGAGCCCCAUAACAGAUCAGAAACCGCCCUAUUCGGAUUCUUCUUGUGGCCAAGCUUUAUCACAGCCUCGCGUCAAACUGCAUGAUUUGCUCAAUGACCCCGAAGACGAACGAGCCAAAACGGAUACCCUCAGUGGUCCAAUGAAAAUUAUCGAUCAUCAAAGCUAA